AUGGAGCCGGCCCUGGGCAGCGAGCGCCGCAGCCCCCCUGGCCCCGGAGCUCCGCGACCACCACCGAGGGGCCACGCGCCUUCGACCACCGCCCCCGCCCCCAGCCCGGCCCCGGUGAGCUCCUCAGUGCAGCCGGACGAGGAGCGGCAGCCGCGGAUCAGCGAGAGCGGCCAGUUCAGCGACGGGCUGGAGGAUCGAGGUUUACUAGAAAGCAGCACCCGGCUGAAACCUCACGAAGCCCAGAACUACAGGAAGAAGGCAUUGUGGGUAUCCUGGUUCUCCAUUAUUGUCACCCUGGCCCUGGCAGUGGCUGCCUUCACUGUCUCCGUCAUGAGGUACAGCGCCUCUGCCUUUGGGUUUGCAUUUGACGCCAUCCUGGAUGUGCUGUCCUCGGCCAUCGUCCUCUGGCGUUACAGCAACGCAGCCGCCGUGCACUCUGCUCACAGAGAGUAUAUAGCCUGUGUCAUCUUGGGGGUGAUCUUUCUUCUGUCAUCUAUCUGUAUAGUGGUCAAAGCCAUCCAUGACCUUUCAACAAGGCUGCUCCCUGAAGUGGAUGACUUCCUGUUCAGUGUCUCCAUUUUAAGUGGGAUCCUCUGCAGCGUCCUGGCUGUGCUGAAGUUUAUGCUGGGGAAGGUCUUGACAAGCAGAGCUCUCAUCACAGAUGGGUUCAACUCCCUUGUCGGGGGAGUGAUGGGCUUCUCCAUCCUCCUGAGUGCCGAAGUGUUCAAACACAACGCCAAAGUCUGGUAUCUGGAUGGCAGCAUUGGUGUCCUGAUCGGCCUCACCAUCUUUGCCUAUGGGGUCAAGCUCCUCAUCGACAUGGUGCCCCGAGUGAGACAGACGCGUCACUACGAAAUGUUUGAGUGAAGGCGGCUGAAGGGGCGGCAGGGACGGCCCUGGGGAAGAGCGUCACCAUGGCGACGAGAGGUUUCCACGAAGGCAGUU